UACUGAGAAGGAGAUUGAAGAGAGACCGAUAAAGAAGUGGGGAGAGUUGGAGAGAGGGUUACAGGCAAGGUAUGAAUUCUUAUUUCGCAAACCCGUCGCUCUCGUGCCAUUUAUCCGGUGGUCAAGAUGUUUUGCCUAACGUACCCCUAAACUCCACCACCUAUGACACAGUGAGACAUUUUUCGUCGUACGGCGCUGCUGUGACCCAGAAUCGGAUAUAUGCACCUUUCUACUCUCCUCAAGAUAAUGUCGUUUUUGGGUCUGGCAGGGCACAGUAUGAAUAUGGAUCGAACGUGUUUCUUCAAGACAAGGACGUGCUCCCCAGUUGCAGACAAACAAACAUGGGACUCAAUACACAAAGCCACAUUGCUCAAGAGUACAGUUUGGAUCAAGGAAGAGCAGGAGCGCAGGAUCAGAAAACCAACAUCCCGAUCUACCCGUGGAUGCAGCGAAUGAACUCACACAGCGCAGGAGUGGGCUACGGGACAGACAGACGCAGAGGACGUCAAAUAUACUCUCGCUACCAAACACUUGAGCUGGAGAAGGAGUUUCAUUUUAACCGCUACCUGACCAGGCGCAGACGCAUCGAAAUCGCAAAUGCGCUUUGUUUAACGGAGCGGCAGAUCAAAAUCUGGUUUCAGAACCGACGAAUGAAAUGGAAGAAAGAAAGCAACCUGACCUCCACGGUGACUGGAAGUGAACAUACAGGAGCCUCUCCGGAUGAGGAACGUAAUGGCGCAAUUGAAGAACAGAAGGAUGAGGACAAGAAGAAAGAAUAGUACAAAAAAACAAGAGGGGAAAACACCUGAUGACCAUUUAAACCCAACAUAACUACCUAAAAAAAAAUCUAUAUGGACUUGAGAGCGACUUCACUGCAUGAUGGCUACCGCAGCUCUCCCACUUAUAUCCCAUGUUGACCACAGGAGUGUUGAGCCUUAGAAAUCCAGAUUAUUUCAGCCACAGUUUGUCCCCCUGUGACACUUGGGGUGCUGAUUCUGUUUUAUUGCAAUGUCACACUUGUAUUGUGAAAAUAAAAAGAAGUAUUCAUUUCUACGUUAUUUCUCAUGCCAGUAAAUUCUGUGUAUUUAUCACCCCAUCCAUCACUGUGAACUCUUUGAUCACCUCACGAAAUACAGUGUUGGUCCAACUUAACUCAAUGUUGUACAUGCACAUUCCACGAAGGGAAAGGAAAGGACAGGCGGACACUUUAUUUGAUCACAGUAUUAUAGGCCUACUUGAAUCAUCCGCCGAAAAGUGUCCUGCACAAACAUGAAACUUGCACGGCCAUAGCCCACAGUCCACACACACAACUGA